AUAGGGACAAUAAGUUGCCAUGGGUUUUCAGCCAGUCUUUUGCAGUGUAUCCAGUUAUCUAACGGCCGGUCAGUUUACUCCUCGGCUAAUUAACUCCUUUUAUGCUUUUAUUCCUAACUUGGCCAAAUUACUAUUCGGCCAGGCCGAAGUCUGGUAGAGACUACGUCAGUCAUUUAGACUUCAGUCAAGAGACCAGAGGUCCCGAGGUUAUAGGCGGACGGCGAACGUUGACUGAAAAGACAGCUGAAGAGGACUGGGCCAGUCGAUCGAAAAUGCCGGCGAAUCCAAGUUUUGAGGAAGACGGUUCGUCCCCUGGAGCGAAGAUUUCAGGAGACGCGACAGAAAAGAAGAUGUCGGGAGACGCGACUAAAACAUCCGAGAAGAAGUUUGAUGACCCGCCUCAAUCGGAGCCGGUCAAGCCUUACUGUCCUGUGACAGUGGAGCCGAUCGCUUUUCUUGUGGUCGUGGCGGUUUUGAUGUGCCUGACACUGCAACAACAGUACAUCUACUACCGCAUCUCCGGCAACGGCACGGUCAACCAGCAGGGGUCCAGCUGCUACGGCAACAGCUCCAACUCAUCGGAGUAUCAGGACAAACAAGGCGCUCAGGCAGAAGCCAUCCAAUGGGCCACAGCCAUACAGCUGGCUGGUGGCAUCCCUGCCCUUAUAGUAACGGUUCUCAUUGGUUCUUUGUCCGACAAGCUCGGCAGGAAGCUCAAUCUUAUCAUCCCCGUCGCGGGCACCCUGGCCAGGUUAAUCCUUGCCGCCUGUGUCGUCCAGUUUAACCUUCCACUAGCGGUACUCAUACCGGCGUCCUUCAUCAAUGGUCUGACGGGUAACAACGCUGCGUUGAUCGGAGGUUCGUUUGCGUACAUCGCUGACAUCACGGUGGAGGGGACGUCUCGCUACUUCCGACACGCCAUCAUGACCGCCGUUUUGGGAAUGGCUGUGAUCGUCUCGGCCCUGGGCGGGAGUUUUUGGUUCCAAGCACUCGGCUUCCCUGCUGGGAUUUCCCAACCAUUUUGGUUCAGUGUGGGUUUGUGCGCCUUCUGCCUCCUGUACACCAUCUUCGCUAUCAAGGAGACGUGGCCGCGACAGCCUGGCAGUCAGCUGUGCGCGCUGUCCAACAUCACCGGCUUCAUCCAGCUCUUCAGGGGCAAAAGGAAGACACCCAGGUGGCCGCUGGGUGUCCUUCUCUUCUCGUAUUUUCUCCUCUUCGGCGUGAACAACUCUGUGUUGGGAGUGUUCCUCACCUAUUCCAUCGGCCCGCCGUUUUUGCUGGGCUCCGGACUAUGUGGGGUACUUUCCAUGGUCACCCCAGAAACACGGGGAUCAUAUCAAUAG